GCGCCUGCGCUCGUCUGUUUACUUCUGUGAUUGACUUGGGCGAAGUCUAGUCAGGCGAAUCCGCUGAGUCCAUUCGAAACCAAAUAUUUAGUGUAAACGAAACGAAAAUGACGACUUUAACAGGCAGUGCAGCUCCUUGGACUUCAAUGCCCUUUCCUCAGGGAUGGGAAGCAAAAUAUGAACCAAAUAUUGGGAGAUAUUUCUACAUCAACCAUAUGACUAAGAAAACCCAGUGGGUUGACCCUCGGAAAGAGUAUUAUGAGGCACAGCAGAGGAGUCCCGCCCAACCUCGGGCUUAUAUUCCAAUGCAGCCCAUUGCCAAACCGAAAUGUAGAACAUGCAAGACCAAAGAGGUUGAUGUUGAGGGGAGUACUUGCAAUGCUUGUAAAGUGAUGGAACAGCAGAGGGAGAUCGCUCUCAUGAGAGCAAGAGAACAAAUGGAAGCGGAAAAAAAGCGUCAAGAGCAACAAGCUAAACUGGAGAAGGAGCGGGAGAGGCGGCGGGUUCAGUCAGCUCAGCGCAGACAGGAAGCUAAACCGACCCCUCCAGUAGUCGAGACAACUUUCAAUGAACCUCCCAUUGACAAGGAAGCUGUCAAGCGGGAGAUGCGGCACAUGUUUGCUAACACCCAGGCCAAUGUAGUGGACAUGAUAUUAGAGACAUACGAUUUCAACAAGGAUGAAGCCAAAACAGCCUUGGGCCUGAUGGGACAAAAAGUUGUCAACCAACCUGUGGCUAAGAAAGCUCAUCCAAAAUCUUCUCCCAAGAAAAGUGCCCCCUUGACAGCAAUGAAAAAACAAACUGUGAAGGCAAAUUUGAAGAAGAAAUUCCCUAAUGUGAGUGAGUUGAUGAUUGAAAUGGCCGUAGAUUCAACCAACUAUGACGAAGCGAAAGCAUCGGCCGUACUCCAAAUGCUGAAGAGUGAUUCAUCCAGCACCCAAAAGGGUGGCGCAUCACAGAUUGGAGGAGUGAUCACAGGCCAGAUUGAAGUUACUUUCCCCAAGACAUCGACCACCAAUAGUGUCACGACGGAACAAGCCGACUCAAGUAAAGUAGUGACUUUCCCUGAGUCUAGGCCCUCGUCAAGCACCAGUACUGUUACAUCCAGGAGUACUACAGCUCCCUCUACAUCGGAUUCUCAGAAGCGCCCUACAACAAGUGCAGCAGUGAGUUCACCCAGUAAGAAAUUAACUGCAGCUGCAAGCAGCUCCAUGGCCAUUAAGAAACCGGCAGCCUCCAAAUCUGCAAUGCCCUCCAAGAAGACACUCAGUGGUCCCAAGAAACAAGCUCAUUCUUCACCAGUGAAAUCAAAUUAUCCUGUAUAUAGCCCACCAUCAUCUCACACCAGUACCACCGGAGCUAAGGGACCAGACCAAUCAUCGGUCCAAGGACCUGAUAGAAACAAUCUCCUGCAAGAUUAUAUGCAGAACAUGGGACCCAAUCCGGAAUACCUCGCUGGACCAAAUAAAGAGAAUAUCACUGGACCCGUGGAGAAGACCGGCAGAGAUCCCACCCUUGUAACAGGGCCAGACCAGAAUAACUGCAAUGGACCUGAACCUAAUCUUGCCAAGGGGUCUAUGUUUACAAGAACCAGUGGUCCACUGUCUACAGAGCUAUGAGUCUGUUGUCCUAGGAUAUUCUAAACGAGGGUGAAACCUCUGAAACCAGUUGAACAGAUCAAUGAAAGCUGCAGAAAUAUUAAAUAUAAUACUAAUAUAGCUACGAGCAUUAAAAUGUCCAGAACGCUACUUCUAUCAUGGAGAUCCUCCCACUAGCAAUGCCACCAUGAUCUGUGAUGUUAUAGUUUUGGGGAAAAGAAAAAUUAACUCAGCUACGAGAAAACCUGUUUUUAGUGGCUACUAAAAUUGUCUCCCAUUUAAAAAGAAUAUGUGUUAAUAUAAAACCUAGUGUAGUAGGUUUCACGGUACACCAUGUAUCUUUCUAGGGCAAGUUUUGGUCCUGAAAAGGACUACCCAAACUCGAUGUCUCGACAACUGUGUUCCUGUUGUCUUCAGAAGAAGUUGUUCAGGAAGGUUCUUGUUGUCCUGAAGAUGUCAAGAAUUCACUUGUCGAAACGUCGAGUUUGGGUGGUCCUUUUCAGGACCAACACUUUCCAAAAAAAGAUACAUGGUGUACCGUGAAACCUACCACACUAUACUUCUUCGCCGUGGAAACCUUCAGAAGUUUGAUAUAGAACCCGUCUUCAGUGACCACUUUUUCUGUGUCUCUUGGAUGGCCUUAUAGACAGGUUUGACAGUACUUCCCAUUGAUGUAGUCUUGAUAAGUGUUUGCUGGCAAUUGAUGAUUUCCUAUGUCAAUAUCUCAAUGUACUGAGCGUAGUUAUAUGAUAUCAGGAAUGUCGCAACACAUACUCUAGCUCUCUGUGUUUAGCUUGGCAUACAGCAUCUGUAAAGUUUGAGCAAUGUUCGUGGACAUACUUCUGUGUUAUUGACAGUGCAAUGCUUCAAAACUUGACACUUUAUGACAGGAUUAAAGAUUAAGUAAGUGUGGUCAUUGACUUGUCGUAUUUGACGAUAUGUAAUACAUGUACAAUGUAUAAUCUUGAAUUUAACAAUACCCAUCUUAUGUGUGCCAAUGUAAGAAAAUGUACAUUAGGUUGAUAUAAAUCAUUGUAUGUGUCGUUGGCCGUGAAGCAUUUUGGUAGUUGUGGAUUGUUCAUUCUAACCACAAUUACAUUUUUUCUCAUACUAGUAUCAUGAAAAAGUAUGUAUCAUGAAAGUUUUAGACCUCUAUAAUAUUUAUUGUUACUAUAUAUAUAUAUUGUGUACUACAAUUCUCUUUCCUUUUCUUGCAUCCUUUUAAAAUAAUUUACAAAAUGUAUAUAGUCCCUUUUUCACUUUUUAUCCUUCAUUAAGCAUGCAUUAAUAAUUCACUGGGACAAAAACAAACUUGAGCUUUAUUAAGAUAUAAAGGAAAACAGACCCAACUUUAUAAGAAAUAGUUUGGUGGUAGUAAGCUUCAGCUUUUUGCUAUAAAAUUGAGUGAAAAUAUGAAAAUUGGUUCAUUGCUUUCUUGGAGUACAAGAUGCAGAAGAAGUUCGGGUAGCUUCAUACAGUGGAGUCCUGUGGCCAUUUGGAUUAGUCUUUGGACUUUCAAACAGAGGAUCGUGGGUUCAAAUCCCAGUCAUGGUGUAAUUUCGUUCAGCAAGAAAUUUAUUUGCUGUGUGUUCCACUCAACCCAGAUGAGGUAAUGGGUACCCGGUAGGAUUUAUUCCUUGAAUACAUUGAGCUCUACUGAUAAAGUGGUAGCUCGCUAAAACCAGGGUAAUAAUAGUUUUGCUCUGUAUCCCAGAAAAGAGUGCUAUAAAUACAGAUAUCAUUGUCAUUAUUACUAUCAUUAUAACAGAUUAAUUCGUUAAGCAAUUCUUGGGAGUUAAUAAGGAGGUUUUGAUUUCUCACCCAUGGCACAGAAGAUAUUUGCAGAAAUCAACCUUAUUGCGCACAGAUUCUUCGCACACUUACACGAUCCGCCUACAACACAAUUUUUAACAAAUCGCAUUGUGCAUUAAAUAUGAAAGUUCCAAAAAGUAAAGAUAUAUUUGAAGUUUGCCAUACUAGCUUUGCUAGGAAUACUAAAAUCAGAAUUCUGCUUUGCUCCAGUACUUCGGUCGGAGUAAAGCCCAAAUUGACUUCAAGUUGCAGCUGAUGAUGAUGUAAUAACCAUUCCCCUGUUUGGAAGUGAAUUUGUUUUUUAUUCCUAUGGGGAGGCUUGUAAGUUGUAACACACUGGAAUUUUUAUUUUGUCAUCUAUAUCACUAUUCAGAACUUUGUUCAUUCAGAUUUUAUAGGUUGGAAUGUUCAUGUAUCAAGUGCUCAUGCAAUUUCUUUUCAAAUCCAAUCACAUUUGCUUGUGUAGUGUGAGCGUUCUCUAAUUGCAGUUUUGGAUGAGUGAAGGCUUUUAGUACAAUUUGGAUACUGACUGUGAUAACUACAAACAUGUAAGAGUUGGCUCUACUGUACUUUUGAAAUUGUAACAUUCAUUAGACCAGCAAUUGAUUAUUUCAUAUACUCCAAGUGAUAUUGGAUUAUGACAUGUAUUUUAUAUAUAUUUUUUACAUUCAUAUUCUUUUUGGAUUUAAUGUUUUUAUUACCUGAUAUUGAUGAAUUUCAUAUUUAAUCAUUUAAAAAUAAGUUGUCUCUUUUAAAAAUCCUUUUAAAAAUGUUAGUGUAAAAAAUAUAGUAUUGAUAUUGUUAAAAAGCAAGUUUCUUAGUGUUUGGUGUCGUAUAGAUUUUAUGUUACUUGCAGAUAUAUAUGUAUAAAUGUAUUUUAUUUUGUAAAUGUGCAUUAUGUGUAUCCAUAUAGUGUCAAAUAUAUUAUGAUAUAAUAUAUUUUCUUUGUCAAGCAUGUAUUAUUUAUACAAGUAGCAAAAGAUUGUAGAUGUAAUAGGCUUUAUGACAUGUCUAGAAAUUUCUCAUCAGAUCAUUCAUAUCCAAAAUAUUUAUGACUCAAUAUCAUGAAAGAUAUAUAUAUAUCGUUUAAUUGAUUGCAACUUCAUUCAUAAAUUCACAAAAUGUAAAAAAUCAUAGCCAUAUAAAUACAGUUUAUAUGUACAAUAUUUCAGUAUACCAACUUACAAUCGAGAAUAUGGAAGACCAAUUUUGAAUUAUAUGAACGGAAUGUAAAAAAUAAGGGUGAGUGAAGAUAAUACAGAAUUAGUAUAGCCAUUAGAAUUGUUGGAAAUCAGGAGAAAAUUUUAUGAAUCGAUUUGAUAUCACUAUGAAAGUCUAACUUGCAUUUGAAUGGCAAAGAGCAAAGUUUGUUAUUCAUGCUGUCUGAAAUAGUCUUAAAUCAUAUGGCUGAGUACCGGUAAAUAAAUUUAUGCCCAUUACA